GCGGGGAUGCGGAAGUGGCUGUUCGGGUGAGCGGCGCGCGUGCAGAUGGCGGGAGCCCGGCGCCGAGCGGCUGCGCCCGCGGGGACUGCAGGGGCUGGGAGCCCAGGGCGGCGGCAGGGCCGGAGGCAGCAAGAGCCGGGGAAGCAGCGCUCGGCGCCGCGGCCGGGGCCGCGCAGCAAAGAAAAGAAGAAAGUGAAUUGCAAGCCCAAGAACCAGGAUGAACAGGAAAUUCCUUUCCGGCUCCGAGAGAUUAUGAGGAGCCGCCAGGAGAUGAAAAACCCCAUCAGUAACAAGAAGAGGAAGAAAGAGGCCCAGGUGACCUUCAGUAAGACACUGGAGAAGGAAGCAAAGGGAGUGGAGCCGGACAUCGCGGUACCCAAGUUCAAGCAGAAGAAGUGGGAGUCCGACAGGGCCUACGUGCGGCGCAUGCAGCAGGAGGCACGGCACGUGCUCUUCCUCAGUAAGAACCAGGCCACCUGGCAGCCGGAGGUGCAGGCGGCUCCCAAGAAAGAGAAGUCAGAGCGGAAGAAAGCGUUCCAGAAGCGGCGGCUAGAUAAAGUCCGGCAGAGGAGGCAGGAAAAGGCAGCAGAAAGGCUGGAGCAGGAGCUGCUCCAAGACACGGUGAAGUUUGGUGAGGUCGCACUGCAGCCCCCAGAGCUGACCACCAAGCCCAGGAUGAGCAUGAGUAGGGACCAGCCUGGCAAGAAAUCGCUGAUGCUGAAGAUGCUUUUAAGCCCUGGCAGUGUGUCCCAGCCUCUGACCACCUCGCUGGCCAGACAGCGGAUCGUGGCGGAGGAGAGAGAGCGGGCCGUGAAGGCCUAUAGGGCGCUAAAGAAACUGAAGCAGCAGCGGCAGGGGACUCAGUCACCACAGCCACCACACCUCCCUUCCGGAAAGAAGCCAAAGAUGUAGCUGUGAUGGUGAGGGACCGGAGCUGCUGCGCCUGGGUUUGGGCUAGACAGGAAGGUGGCCUGCAGUUGAGAGUUCUUUCCCCAGAACACAUGCUGGGACUCAGGUCAGGGAGAGGGCUCCUGAUUUUUCUCUUAAAGACUGUUGUUUCAUGAGUGACCCUCCACCAGGCCCCUGUCUUGCACAGGGCGUCAUCUGUCUCCUGAGCCCCCAUAGGUGGAGCCAGCGCCUGGGUGAGAUGCAGCCAGCGUCAUUCCCUCAAGCCUAGCGUCACGUGCAGCUUUGUUUUGAACACACAGGUUCAGGCUGAGACAACCCAGGGCCACUUUACGGAAGGCCAAUCCCAUCAUCCUGUCCCUAAAUACCAGUUAAUUGUAGGCGCUGCCGAUUUAGGUGAACCAAAUCGAUAAGUGAGGCUCUGCUGGAUUCAACAGAGCAGCACAGCUGGAGCAAGAGCCUGGUAGCAGGCUGGUGUGGGGCAGGGGCAGGGGGCAGCAUCUAGGCCACCUAGACCAGCUCAGCACUGCUGUCACAGUCCCCGCCACCCCAGCUCAUGUUUGGGUGUGGAGACUGAGCCACCCACACCAAGAUUUGGGGUCAUCGGGGUCCUUAUGUCAUUGAGGGCUCUCCAGCAGGUCCAGAGUGGCUUGAUAACAAGGACAGGAGCCCAGGCCAGAAUUUUCUUGUGGUCAGAGGGGCCAUGUUAGCUCCUGCCAAGGGCAGGGCCCGGCAAGAUUUGAAUCUCCCACUGGCCCCAAAGGAGGGAGCACCUAGGUUUAUCAUCUUGUUCAGACGUGGGAUACAAGUGAGAGCGUGGGGAUGAGGCUUACAGAUAGUUAGCAAUUGAACAUGGAUGGACAGGGACAGGCCACUCAUAGCCCUGUUGGAGGACAGCUGCCGGGCUCCCUCACUCCCUCCAGCUCAGGCUCCUCUAGCCGGCAAAGACGGCCUGGACAGCUCAGUCAGUGCCAGGCCUCAGCCCUGGCUGGGGCAGCCCUACGGAUUGAGUAUGGAGUUCUGUGGGAUCUGUUUUGCUCUUCCCAAAGUUUGCAUUUUAUGCAAUGAAGUUUAUUUUUGAGUUAAAAGAUUUAAGUUGUGGAAGCUGUACCUGGAAUCAGGGCUGUCACUCUCUCAGGGGUGUGUUUCUGCAUGGCGGGCAGCCCUGGCCCCUGCAUGGGGUGACCAGGUGCUGGUUGCCAUGCAGUAGCUGGGACUCAACCACCAUCACAUGGCAUCUGGGGUGGGCAGCACUUCUCUCGUUCAGCGUUGGCAUCCUUCUUACAGUAGGAUUCUGAGAUGAGCAGGGCAGCAAGAGCAAGGGGUGAGGUGGGGUCACUGAGAAACAUCACAGUUUCCUGGACACAUUGCAAGUAGGGUAUGAACGUGGGAAUGAGGAAACAGGUUGUGGUUAGGGAAGUUUGCCUCUGGUCACAUGAAUGUGGAAAUUAUGUUCCCUCAGGCCCUUGUCAGGGGCGACUUGGUUCAGGCUGGCUUUACCAUCAGAGAUGUCACCAGGCCCAAUCUAACCCGUCAGAGGUGGUGACCAGGCCAGAGGUUACCCCUCAGAGAUGGACCCCCAAGCUGGGCAUCACCCCUUCAGAAACAGAGCCUAGACUCAGGUCAUCCCUACAGACAGAACCCAGGUGGGAUUAGCUGUUAAGACACUCAGCCCAGGUUAAGGGUGUUGACCUUGAGCAUGGAAUAGGGUCUUUAGCCAAAAUGAGUUUAUUUGACAUCAGAAGAAUUUCAAUUCAGGACAAGCAAACUGGCAAUUUGGGGGAGACAAAGGGAAGUUCAGCUUUUAUUAGGUUUUAGGAGAUGAGGAGGGCUCUGGUGGUUCUCCAUUGGCUGUUCCCGAUGGGUAGCUGGUUGCUGGGCCAGAAGGAAAUCUUUCCUGCCAGGUCUGUGAGCUGUGGUGAGGGAUGCAUGCACGGGAGCCCUCCGUCCAUAGCUUCCCGACCCCAUGCUGACUGAGCUUUCCUUUGCUCAUUUCCACGUUCCCCCUUUUGAUCGAGAUCUUUCCUUGAGAGCACCACGGAUCAGUUUUAGUGGAGUUAUGUUUUGCCCUUUCCGGGACGUCAUGUCCCACGUCAGAGGGAGUGUGCAUAAUGAUUGAAACCAAGUGAGGGGCUUCCCUGGUGGCGCAGCGGGUCAGAACCCGCCUGCCAACGCAGGGGACACGGGUUUGAGCCCUGCUCCAGGAAGAUCCCACGUGCCAUGCGGCAGCUAAGCCCGUGCGCCACAACUACUGAGCCUGCGCUCUAAAGCCCGUGAGCCACAACUGUUGAGCCCAAGUGCCAUGACUACUGAAGCCCACACGCCUAGAGCCCGUGCUCUGCAACAAGGGAAGCCACACCACAGCGAGGAGCCUGUGCACCACAAUGGAGAGUAGCCCCCGCUCGCUGCAACUAGAGAAAGCCCGCGUGCAGCAACGAAGACCCGAUGCAGCCAAUAAAUAAAUAAAUAAAUUUAUUAAAAAAAAAAAAA